AUGGAUCAACCAUCAUCUGUAUCCGGAGAGACCCAUCCGAAUCAAGACCCUCCUGGUACACUACGACUGUAUUCUCGCGCUGCAAAUGAAGAAUACGAAGACAUUGUACUCAUCCCGCCGCCAACUAAUUCACCAAACGACCCCCUGAGAUGGUCCAACUGGAGAAAAUACUGGUUCACUGCAGCCUUGAUUAUCCUCACUGGGCUCGUUUCCGGACUUUCAAUGUGCUCGGGGUCGGCAUCCUUCGCCCUCACCCAGGAACUAGGCAUAUCAAGUAAUGCUUACAACAUAUCGAUUGCAUUGCUGUACAUAGGAACCGGGACGGGAGCGUACCUCAUGGCCCCAAUGGCAAGGCUGAUUGGCUGCAAACUCUGCUACAUUAUCUGUGUGGUAUUCGGCAUCUUGGGAUCGGUCAUGUUCUCCAUGGUCCAAGACACGGGGCUGUUGAUCGCUUCUCAGCUCUUCAUCGGCGUCGCUUUGUCAUGUGCCGGCGCCAUGGUGCAGCACUCAUUAAGCGACAUUUAUUAUGAGCACCAGCGCGGCGCUGCCAUCGGAUUGUAUGUCCUCGCUAUAUCUGGGGGCUCGUUCAUGGGCCCUUUGAUAGCUGGUUUUAUCGUUGACAAUGCUGCGCUUGGGUGGCGAUGGAUAGGUUGGCUGGGUGCUAUUUGCUCUGGUGCGGUCUUAUUUCUCGUGCUAUUUACGUUGGAAAGUACGUCGUUUGACCGGAUGUAUCACCUUCAUCAAGAAGAAGUAGUGUUGGACACGAAACUUAAACCAAUACUAUCGGGAAAGACGGACGUGACUGCCGAUCACAACGAACACCAGACCAGUGAAUCCAUCGACGAUGGAAAGAAGUCUCUCAGACAGCGGUAUGCUUUAAUCACGACUUUGGCAACGCAAAAGGGGAAAAUACGCCGCAAAUACGCGUACAGUUUAUACCACACACCCCAGUGUUUCGUCUUACCAGCCGUCAUAUUCGCCGGGAUACAAUGGGGCGCACAGCUGUCCUACCUGUCCUUCUAUCUGACGGUCGAAAACAUAAACUACUUUCAACCCCCAUGGAGCUAUGGCAAUGUAGCCGUGGCUUUAAUGUGCGUCCCUUGUCUGAUUGGUCUUGUCUUGGGUAUUAUAUAUGCCAUAUUCUUCGGGUCCUUUUUCAUCAGAUGGAGGGCAAAGCGAAACGAGGGCGUAUUCGAAGCUGAGUACAUUUUGUGGCUUAUCCUCCCUAACUCGUUAAUCGGGUCCGCUGGACUCCUACUAUUUGGAAUUGGGACAGAAAGGCAAUGGAGUUGGCCGAUUAUUUACUUUGGGCUGGGUCUCAUUGGGUUCAACUGGGGAUGUGCCGGAGACAUCAGCAUAUCGUACAUGCAAAUGGCCUAUCCUGAGGCUAUUCUGGAAUGCAUGGUUGGCGUUGCUGUGAUUAACAACACUUUUGGUUGCGUUUUCACUUUUGCAGCAGGGCCAUGGCUCGAGGGCCAAACACUUACGCAGGUCUUUGUGGCUCUUGCAGUCAUCAAUUUUGUAAUCACCAUAGCAGCUGCGCCUAUGAUUUAUUGGGGCAAAAUGUUGCGCUGGAAGUCACUUUCUCGGUACAAGGCCUUUUGCUCUGGAAUAGCAUCAUGA